AUCAAUAACUACUCUCACUAUCUUUCUCCUCCUUUUCCUCCCUACAUCUCUCCCUCUCUCCUCUCUCUGUGUCCUGACUCCUCCCUCAGUUCAGCCUGGUGCCCUCUCAGCCUCCCUCUGCCUCUCCUUAACCGACCAGUGUCUCUCCUCAACUCAGUCACUUCUUAAACCACUAAACAACCACAGAGGGGAUCAGCCUUUCACCUCACUACAGGCUCUCCUGCAAGCUCACAGAAUGCCUUUUGGGGGAGGAAACAAGUGCGGCUGCUGCCAGAAAACCGUCUACUUCGCCGAGGAAGUGCAGUGCGAGGGGAAGAGCUGGCACAAAUCCUGUUUUCUCUGCAUGGUCUGCAAGAAGAACUUAGACAGCACAACAGUGGCCGUCCAUGUGGAUGAGAUCUACUGCAAAUCAUGCUAUGGCAAGAAAUACGGGCCGAAAGGCUACGGCUUCGGAGGUGGAGCCGGUACUCUGAGUAUGGACACAGGAGAGGGACUUGGAAUCAAGCCUGAAGUGCAAGCUCCUCACCGCCCUACAAACAACCCCAACGCCUCAAAGUUCGCCCAGAAACCAGGGGCCUCAGAUGUGUGUCCUCGAUGCGGGACAACAGUGUACGCAGCCGAGAAGGUUGUCGCAGGAGGCAAUUCCUGGCAUAAAGGCUGCUUUCGCUGCGCCAAGUGUGGCAAAGGACUCGAGUCCACGACUGUCGCUGAUAGAGACGGGGAGAUCUUCUGUAAAGGCUGUUACGCAAAGAACUUCGGUCCCAAAGGUUUUGGCUUCGGUCAGGGUGCGGGAGCUCUGGCUCAUUCCCAGUGAAGCCUGGAGCCUGGAGCCUAUAGCCCACCUGGGACCGACAUCGCUCUGAUAUCAUCGCUUCCAGGAUCCUUCAGUCGAUACCCAGCCUAUACUUCACUCUGCCCGUUCACUCCAGCUAAAGGCAAAGAAGAAUGAAAGAGGCACACAACUCACCGCUUUUUGUACGAGUUCACCGAGUAGAUUUUUGCUUUAUAUGUUGCAUUUGAUUCUGGAUUAUGACGUCCUCGUUUUUGACUUCUUAUCAUGCUAAAUAUUCAUAACACAGUAAAUUAUAAUUCUGUGUUUGGAUGUGCACAUUGUGUGUGUUUAAAAAGGAAACAAAUAAAACAUGGCUAGAAUACAAAGAGACACUUCCACUGUAAUAACAGAAUUAAGUUUGGCAAAUGAGUUUGAUUAACAACCGAAUCAGUCGGGUUUAGAGACUGACAGCUGCAAAAAACCAGGCUCCCAUCAUGCUUCAGUUCCACUCAACAUAAAGCUUUUCCUUUCUGCCUC